GUCCGUGUUCAGAGAGGCGAUCCGACGGAACAACAACCCGCUGGUCAACCCGCGGAGCGGAGGCGGUGCUCGCUGAGCUGCGGUGACAUGAUGUCUGCAAAGGAGGCCACAGUGCUGACGAAGACGACGCCUGCGUCAGAAUCCUCUCAAAAGAGACACGAGGUGUCCGAGGAGACGCCGCUCUCUCACGAGGCUCGACGCACCUCGAGAGUUUUGGAAAACUGCAUCCGUCACGUUGAGACUGCAGCGGCUCUGCCUGCUGUCCUCCGGUUGAACAGUGUGCCCAGUGUUGUGAAUGAGGAAUUGAGUCAGGCAAUUAAAGAGCAUCAAAUACUGGAUGGAAGAAUGAAGACACUCGAAGGUCUCGAGCAGAUGUCCGAUGGGGAACGAGAGGCAGACGUUGGGAAAGCGAGGGCUCGGCUUGAGAAGGACAUCAAGACCUCCGUCAGGGAUCUGCUCCGAGUGGCCCGAGCCCACGCAGACGUCUGGUGUGCUUUGAGGGCUGAGCUCGGUAUGCAAGUCGGGGAAAGUGAGUCCAUGCUAAUUAAAGGACUUCAGAAGUUUCACAGCCAGGUAGCAGAAAGGUUGCUGACCAGUCGGGAUGAGGAGCUCCAUGUUCCCCACAAGCAGGUGCACCCCUCGUUCUCCACCGACCACCUGGAGAAACUAGCAGCAGAGGAAGCAGUCGCCACAGCCAUGAUCGAAAUAGAUGCAAAGAUUUCUCAGGUUAAUGAUCAAAUAAAACAGUCGCAGCGUUCUCUGACAGGGAACAGUCAAGAGGCGGAGGUGUCACUGAGCCAGUCACACAUCAAGUCGUCCAAGAUGAGGCGUUCAGGUGUACAACAAGGGGUCCAUCAGCUGAACACUCAGCUUCACAAUCUGAUGCUGAAGAACAGGCAGGCGGAGAGAGAAAUCCAAGAGAAAAAUGAAAAGGUGGAAACAGAAAUUGAAUACUUGCUUCAAACCUUUGACGAUAAAAUGGAACAAACUCAGUCGAACCUGGAGCUGAAAAGAGAGGAUUAUAAAAGGGAGGAGGAGGAGCUGAGGAAGCUGGAGAAACCCUUUUCUUCCCUGGAGGUGGAGUGCAAGCAGAUCCACGAGAAGCGUCGGCUAGCAGAGGAGAAGAGAAGGGAGGAGAUGAAGGAGACGGAGUUAAAGACCAAAGCUGCUAUUUUAGCCCAGGCCUGGUGGAGAGGCUUCAGCACUCGCAAGGCCUUAAGGAACAAGGCCAAAAGCAAGAAGGCCAAAAAAGGCGAGAAGGCCAAAAAAGGAAGAAAGACCAGGAACAUUUGACCUGUG